GGAGAGGGUGCUCGGCGGGAAUCUCAGGGUGGGUCGGGCAGUGUCAGGGGCCCUUUGGAUAGUGUAGAAAGGGCGUCCACACGCGGACGUGGAUUUUUGCGGUGUGGAGUUUGCAAAGCGAGGGCAACCCUGUGCUCGGAGUGGGUCGCGGAGGGCGCAGGAGAGGAGCCUCGGGCGCUGUAGGCUGCACCGCCUCCUGUGAGUCCGAAGCCCGAGCUGGGGCAAGACCCCGUGCGCUCUUCCGGAAUGCGUGGUUUUCUCGGCUCCGAGCUCCGAGACGAGCACAGAGCUGAAGCCUGCAGACUCUUCUCUACCCAGUUCAACCCUGUGGAGAUGUCGUGCUAGAAAAACAGAUAUUUUGCUGCUUAACCGAGCUGAAUUGGAGCAUGAAAGUGGAAUUGAACUCACGACCUUGCACUUGCCGGGCAGGAGCUGUGCCGGCCAGCGCUUCAGACCUCCAGCUAGCUGGCCAUGUGGUGAGCUCAAGGACAGCAUUGGGUAGGACGACAGCCAUCAGAGAGCUCCUCCUGUCUGUUCUGAAGGGUUCCCAUUGGCUCCAGCCUGGCAGGAUGGUGUCACAGUCCAUGGGCUGGCGGGAUUCUCCUGUGAUCCCCUGGGAAAGGAUCAGCCAUGACUCUGGGGACAAUGACAGUUCAGCGAGAUUCCAGGACAUGGGGCCUUCUCCUUGCCAGUUAGAUGUCAGGUUCACAAGGCACAAAGCUGCCUGGAUUAUGCCCCCGUGUGUGCAGCAACCACUGCAGGACUUGGCCCCCCAGCUACAAACAGCAAGGAACAGUGAGAAGCACUCUGUGGCCCAUGCUGCCUCUCCCUUGGGCCCUUUGCUGCUGUCCCUCAAUGACCUGGCAGAGACAUCAUUACCUGAGGAUACCAUGGACUUUGUGGGCAGAAGCACUGCCCAUGGUUCAGGAGAAAGCAGUAACAGCUUCUCCUUGGCCUCCACAGAAGAGCCAAUGGCACUCCCAGGAGAGUCUCAGCAGGCAUCUCUGUCCACAGAGACAUCUCUGUCCAACAUUUUGACCACUUCCCCGUUGUCUGGGGUUGACAGUGCUGUGUCUGAGUCUUCCCACUUGACAGCUUCUGAGGAUGAAGGUGCUAUGCAAGGCAGUAGAAGAGCCAUUUCUUUGAAUUCCUUUCCACCUGAGGUAUUUGUGCUGCCUGUGGACAUAGAAAAGGAAAAUGCCCACUUUUAUGUUGCAGAUAUGAUUAUAUCAGAAAUGGAGAAAAUGAAGUGUAGCAUUCUGAGUCAGCAGCAGACACAGAUCUGGGGCACAGCUGAAGCCAGCGGGUCACUUGGGGAUGAUCAAGCUCACUCUGAAGCCACUUUCUACACUCAUAUGAAGCAAGAGUCUGGGUCUUCCACUUCUUCAGACAGUGGCUGUGAAGGUUGUGCUGUGUUACAGGUCAGCCCAAUGGCUGAAGUACGUUGUUACAGUAAGGUGCUCAAAGAGGCCAGCAAAUGUGACCUGGAUGAAUUAGCCAUUUUAAAACUUGAAGAAUUUAAUGAUAUUAUAGAAACUCAUAGAUGUUCCUGCAGCUCCUCUACAAGUGUUACUUAUGAUCCAGACUUCAGUUCUGCUGAGCGAUUAGCCAGAGAGUUGUACCAAGUAUUCUGGAAGUCCUGGAAGUUUUCAGUAGUCAGUUAUCAGCUGGCAGGUUCCCUGAAGGCAGCUAGCUCAAUAGUUGUAAAUGAAGAACAUGUUCGAAAAGACUUUGAGUCCAGUAUGGAUGUAGUACAGGAAAUUAAACUUAAGUCUAGAAUCAGAGGAACUGAAGACUGGGUGCCCCCUAGAUUUCAAAUCAUAUUUGAUAUUCAUCCACCAGUCAAGAGAGAGCUGGGAGUGGUAGCCCAGAAUUUUUUCUGUGCUGGCUGUGGAACUCUGAUAGAGCCUAAGUUUGUGAAGAGGCUCAGGUACUGUGAGUACCUGGGAAAGUAUUUCUGUGACUUCUGCCACUCCUACUCGGAAUCCUGCAUCCCUGCGCGGAUCCUGGUGAUGUGGGACUUCAGGAAGUACUAUGUCAGCAACUUCUCCAAACAGCUGCUCGACCACAUAUGGCACCAGCCCAUUUUCAACUUGCUGAGCAUCAGCCACAACCUCUCCACAAAAGCCAAGGAACUGGACAGGGUGAAGGACAUCCAGGAGCAGCUUUUUCAUAUCAAGAAACUGUUGAAGACUUGCAGGUUUGCUGACAGCGCAUUAAAGGAGCUUGAGCAAGUGCCCAGACACUUGACUGAUGAGCUCCACCUGUUCUCCCUGGAGGACCUCGUCAGGACCAGGAAAGGGCUGCUGGCGCCCUUGCUCAGGGAUGUUCUGAAAACUUCCUUGGCACACGUGGCUGGCUGUGAGCUGUGUCAAGGAAAGGGCUUCAUUUGUGAAUUUUGCCGGAGUACAACUAUCAUCUUCCCAUUUCAGACUGCAAUAUGUAGAAGAUGUUCAGCAUGCCAGGCUUGCUUUCACAAACACUGCUUCCAGUCCUCAGGCUGCCCACGGUGUGCACGGAUCACAGCUCGGAGAAGACUUCUGCAAGGUUUGCCGUUGACAGCUACAUGAUAUUCAACAGUCUUGUGGAAAAGACUGUUAAACAUGUCUUAUGUAAUAGCCAUUUGUAUCUUAUUAUCAGUCAUAUUGCUUUAGGCACCAAGAUUCUCCUCAUUUUAUAUAUUUGAUGUUUUAGAAGAAUGCAGUCUUUGUUAUUAAGCAGAGUUGUUACUAAUGGUGUUGUUUACAAAUGUUUGACAUUUUUGCUCCUAUUGAGUUUUAUAAAAAUAAACUUGUUUUUGAUACUUUUAAAAUUUCA